UAUUUAUUCACCGUCUCUCUCCUCUCCUUUUCCACUAUGCUCUAUAUCUCAAUCCCUCUUGAGAACUUCCUAGAUACCACAAAAAUGUCGUUUGAGGUCUGCGUCAAGGCUGCCGUUGGUGCCCCUGAUGUUCUUGGAGACUGUCCUUUUAGCCAAAGGGUGCUUCUGACUUUGGAGGAGAAGAAAGUCCCUUACAAGAUGCAUCUGAUCAAUGUCAGCGAGAAGCCCCAGUGGUUUUUGGAAGUGAAUCCUGAGGGGAAGGUGCCUGUGAUUAAGUUUGACGACAAAUGUAUUCCUGACUCUGAUGUUAUAGUUGGCCUCAUUGAAGAAAAAUACCUAAACCCUCCCCUUUCCCCUCCCCCCGAGGUCGCUUCUGUCGGAUCCAAGAUAUUCCCUUCUUUUGUCAAGUUCUUGAAGAGCAAGGACCCCAAUGACGGGUCAGAGCAGGCUUUGCUUGAUGAGUUGAAGGCACUGGAUGAACAUCUUAAGGCACAUGGGCCAUAUGUUAAUGGGGAGAACAUUUGUGCUGUUGAUUUGAGUUUGGCACCAAAGCUUUUCCAUCUGGAUGUGGUUCUUGAACAUUUCAAAGGGUGGAAAGUUCCAGAAAGCUUGACCCAUAUCCAUAAGUAUAUGAAGUUGCUCUUCUCCCGGGAUUCUUUCAAGAAGACCGAGCCUGCGAAAGAAUAUGUGAUUGCAGGAUGGGCGCCAAAGGUCAACACAUGAAGCUAUUAUCAAUUGUAGUUGAUAUGUAGCUUGUGCUAGUUAUAAUGGUUUGGUUAGAGACAUAUGUGCGUUUCAGACAUUUCGAACCAGAACAGAUGCUGUUUGGUCCUAUGAAUAAUAAAAAUGCCCGUAUGCCGGUCUUAAGGUCA